AUGGAAAAAUUUAUUCAAUGUAUGAUAAUUAAAUUAAUUUAGAAUUAAGGAUAGUGGACAUAUUUGGAUACUAAAUUACUUUAAGAAUGAAUUAAUAAUCGACAUAUAGGUCAGGUUUAGGUGGUUUAAUGUCAAUUCUUGUUAUUGGAGUUUUGAUAUGGCAAUUUUCAUAUAGUUUUAGUUCAUUUCUCAAUAAAGAAUAAUUGAACGCAGUCUCCAUAACUGAGUAUGAUCCAAAAAUAUCAAAUGCUACAAUAACAAAUAAAUAAUUACUAUUUGCUAUGGCAAUAUAGUAAGAAAACUUUAUUAAGAAUCCUUUUUUCAACAUGUCUCUCAUAUAGAAGUAUAAGAAAUGUUCUAAAUUGUUAGAUAUAACUUUCGAUAUCAGAAUGGUUCUUAAGAUUCAAUAUCAAAGGAAAUUGAAUUAGUUUAAUGUACAGAAUACCGAUUCGAGAAAUACUUUAAAGAAGAAGGAAGUGAUUUUUCUUAAUUGCACUUUAAUUCAUCAUCUUUAUCGGAUUAUCUAUGCCCAGUGUAAAAGAAAUGAAUAUAUUAGGGAAGAAGCUAAUUUCUAGUUAGGUGGCACACACAUAAGUAAAAUAUAGUUUAAAAUUUAGGUGAGGAGUUUUUGUAUUUAUAAAUAGUUAUAAGUAAAUGUAAUUAGUAAGAAGCAAUAAAAAAUGGAUAUGAAUGUGCAAACUAAGAACAAUUAGAUGAAUAUUUUGGAAAGCAUGGAAGUUUUAAAUUCUAAAUUUAUAACAUUAACUCUAUAAUAAAUCCUUAUAAAUCAGAUGAUAAUUAUAAGCAAUUAUAUUUGGAUGAUUCUAUAUAGUAUACAUUCAUUCCAAAUUAAAUUGGUAAAACAAUUGAUGUCUAUUUAAAACAUUAUCAUAUAGUUUAAGAUAACAGUUUGAUGCCGUUGAGGUUAUAUUUAAAAGUUAAUAUUUAUAGUGAAAAUGUUAUAAGUGAUAUAUUUGCAAUUGAAUAGUUAGAAACUAAGGUGAUUUCUGAAAUAGGAAAUUCAAAUUAAUAUGUUUAGAUUAAUUUUAAGAGAAGUCCAUUCAAAACAACGAUAAAAAGAAAUUAUAUGAAGUUUGAUGAAAUGUUAUCGAAUUUAGGAGGAAUGCAAUAAAUUUUAUUUUUUUUUGUUGGAAUAAUUGUGACAUUAUACAAUAAAUUAUAAAGUAAUAAUGUUUAACUAUUUUAAGUGAUGAUUGAAUUAGCAAAUAGAGUAUAUGAAUUUUCAUUAGAUAAUACUGAGAAAUUGAGAUAAUAAUAAGAGAAACUAGAAUUGAUAAAUGUGGCAUUAUAAUAAUAGUAACGUUUAUAAAAAGAACCUGGUUCAUCAGUAAAUAAUUCUGAUGAGGAGGAUAAACCUUAAACAAUUAAUUAAACUUUGAUACAUUAGUAAGAAAAUAAUUAAGAAAUAAAGAAAUUAAAUGGAGUGAAAAAACUUAAGGCAGUUGUAUAAUAUUUAACAGUUUUUAAAUAAAAUAAUAUAUAAACUCAAUAAAAAAAGGAGAGUUCAAGAAUUAUUAAAGAUUAAUAGAUUUUAGCAAUAUAAUUAAAUUGUAAAUCCGGUUUAGAAUAUUUUGAGAAAUAGAUAAAAUCAAUAAUAAGCAGAGCAAAACCAAUAUAUUUAUCAUUAAAAAUUUUAAUGAAUUUAAUUACUUGUAAUAGAUUAUUUUCUAAAUAACCAAAAAUAAUAUUAAUAAAUAAAGGAAUGUAAUAAGUAGCUGAAUAAAUAGAUAUUUAUAAUAUAGUUUAAAAUAUGAAUGAAAUGAUUAAAUUAAAGGAAGUUGUAUUAUCAUAUCAUUAAUAAUUAAUGUUUGGAUUUACUCCUAAACCUUAAAUAACUUUAGAUGACACAGCUACUUAACCUACAAGAGAUUUAUUAUAAUUAUAAUUGAAUAAUGAGAAAGAAAAUGGUGAUUAGGAUAAUUAUUUAUUGUAUGCUAAAAUAUAUAAUGUAAUUUAAUUUUAAAUUUAUAUAUUUUUAGUCAUAUGAUGAUGUUCUAAGAUAGAGUGAGAAUGAUAUAUAAAAUAAAACAAAUAAUGUUAGCAAAUAAUUAAUCGAAAAAUUAGGACCUGAAUUGCAAUUAAUAUUUAAAUUGUCUAAAUUAAUUGAUUUUUAAUCCAAGAAUAGUACAUAAGUAUAAAUAAAGACACCUCAUCGUAGAGGAGCAAUGUAGUAAAAAGAGUAAAAUGUAUAUGCUAAAAUGUUUAAUCCAAAUACAUGA